AUGUCAAGUAAACACCAAUGGGUGGCUGUUGAGUUGCGGCUCCUGCCAACUGGGGCUCAGCCGUGGGCGCGAAGGAGCGCUCAGAUCCUCAACGCCCGCUCAGCUCGCUUAGGCACUCAGUUCAAACGGCGCAUACCUAGUUUGGAACAGGCCCAGCGCCUCUCACAAGCGUGGUGUAACCCUGUGGCUGCGUGCACCUGGGAGCAGACAUUGCUUGUGCUUGACCCUGUUUUCAAUGACCGAGAGCCGGAGAUGAUCUAUAUUCGGUGGCCAAGCAUCCUUUCAGAGCCGCAGCGCCAUCUCAUGAGGUCAAUUGUUGUAGCGGCCGACGGCUGCUACCCGAGUGCCGACAUCAUCAACGUGGGACGCCUCUUUCACAUGUUCCACCGCAUCGUAUCAAGCUCUAGGCGCCUCAACAACGACCGUUGGGGCAUUGCACCGACGAUGCAUUACACUCCCGUGUGGACGCGCUUGCUGGGUUUGGCGAACCGCCUCGAGGCAUCAGCGAAUGCUCAAUUCCUCCCUGAUAAGACGUAUGGCGAACCAAUUGGACCUGACAUCGCGUCACGGCGCGUGCAUGGAGAUGAGCGCUACGCGUCUGCUCAUUCGUUCCAAGGUUCUACAACGGAUAUUCGUAGUCUGGAGAUGGCCGUGGAGCCACUCACAUCCAAGGGCCGCUGCUCCGGACGUAAGAUCACGGCAAGCCGGAUGCUGCACACAGACGACAGUGAUUGGAAUGGCAUGAACAGCCGUUGCGAGCGGUACAUGACUACCUAUCAACAUUGGACGAGGCCUUACGAGCAGCUUCGCGGCUCACAGGGAGCGCUGCUAGCUUAA